CUGACCUGGCUUCCACCAGCUCAACUUUCUCCCUUUCUCCUCAGACAGUCUCCUCUCCUCUCCUCUCCGCUAGUCUCGUAAACUGACCGGAAGACGGGGAGAACCGCCUCUCACACAUUGAUUAGCUGAGAGGACAGUGGAAGAAUAGUUUCUGAGAGGACAGGAGAAUGAUAUUUUCUGAAAGAACAAGGGAGGAAUAGUUUCUGAGAGGACAGGAGAAUAACAUUUUCUGAAAGAACAAGGGAGGAAUAGUUUCUGAGAGGACAGGAGAAUAAUAGUUUCUGAGAGGACAGGAGAAGAAUAGUUUCUGAGAGGACAGAGGGAGAACCGUUUCCUGGCAGCUAGGAAGAUGAGGAGAUUGCAGUCCAUGAGAUGGUUUAGUUUUCCCUGGUUGAGGAGAGAGACCUCACAGACUGAGACCAGCCCACUCAUACCAAAGACAGACACAGAUAGAGAGUUGUCAGGAGUCCUUCAGGGGACUGACGAGAGCAGCACAGAAGAACAGGCUCCAGAACCAGGACCAAAUGAUGGACCAGGGAACCAUGUUAGAACCAGGGAGGUAAAACCCAGAGCCCGUAGCAGGCCCUUCUCCCUGAGAGACUGCCUUCUCAAGUACCUCCUGUUCUUCAGCAACCUCCUCUUCACGGUGCUAGGCCUGGUGGUCCUGGCCCUGGGACUGUGGGGCCUCAUCAACAAGGAAUCCUUUGCUCAGGAGAAAAUAGGACAGAUCAGCACCGACCCCAUGCUGGUGUUUGUGGUGCUGGGUUUGGUGCUGUCUAUCCUCUGCCUGUCUGGCUGUGUGGGGGCUCUGAGAGAGAACUGCUGCCUGCUCCAGGUCUUCUCAGCCACCGUGCUGGUCCUGGUAGCAGCCCAGGUCCUAGCGGCCAUUGUGGCCUACAGCCUGCAGGGACAGAUAGAGGGAUACCUGAGGUCAGGUAUGCUGGCUGCCAUGGUACGUUACCAGGAUGACCUGGACCUGAGGUUCAUCACAGAUGAGAUCCAGAUAGGACUGCAGUGCUGCGGGGCCGACACCUACAGAGACUGGGAGGUCAACAUGUACUAUAACUGCUCUGCCCCGGGGGUGCUGUCCUGUGGGGUCCCUGCUACCUGCUGUGUGGACCCUCUGGAGAACGGCACGGUGUGGAACUCCCAGUGUGGAGUAGGAUCCCAGCAGCUGGAUGAGUUCUCUGCUCAGAGCGUCAUCUUCCUGGGGGGCUGUCUGGGGGGCAUGUCCCGCUGGAUAGAGCAGCACACAGGCCUGAUAGGAGCCGUGGGUAUCGUCCUACUGGGGGUUCAGAUCAUCACUCUGUUCAUCACCACACGACUGAUGGAUAACAUCCAGUGCAGUAAAGCUACAAGUUAAUAAGACCUAGUGGAGUAAAGCUACAUGAUAACAUCUAGUGGAGUAAAGCUACAAGAUAAUAACAUCUAGUGGAGUAAAGCUACAAGUUAAUAACAUCUAGUGGAGUAAAGCUACAAGAUAAUAACAUCUAGUGGAGUAAAGCUACAAGAUAAUAACAUCUAGUGGAGUAAAGCUACAAGACAAUAACAUCCAGUGCAGUAAAGCUACAUGAUAACAUCUAGUGGAGUAAAGCUACAUGAUAACAUCUAGUGGAGUAAAGCUACAACAUAAUAACAUCUAGUGGAGUAAAGCUACAAGAUAAUAACAUCUAGUGGAGUAAAGCUACAAGUUAAUAACAUCUAGUGGAGUAAAGCUACAAGAUAAUAACAUCUAGUGGAGUAAAGCUACAAGUUAAUAACAUCCAGUGCAGUAAAGCUACAAGAUAAUAACAUCCAGUGCAGUAAAGCUACAUGAUAACAUCUAGUGGAGUAAAGCUACAUGAUAACAUCUAGUGGAGUAAAGCUACAAGAUAAUAACAUCUAGUGGAGUAAAGCUACAAGUUAAUAACAUCUAGUGGAGUAAAGCUACAAGAUAAUAACAUCUAGUGGAGUAAAGCUACAAGAUAAUAACAUCUAGUGGAGUAAAGCUACAAGACAAUAACAUCCAGUGCAGUAAAGCUACAUGAUAACAUCUAGUGGAGUAAAGCUACAUGAUAACAUCUAGUGGAGUAAAGCUACAACAUAAUAACAUCUAGUGGAGUAAAGCUACAAGAUAAUAACAUCUAGUGGAGUAAAGCUACAAGUUAAUAACAUCUAGUGGAGUAAAGCUACAAGAUAAUAACAUCUAGUGGAGUAAAGCUACAAGUUAAUAACAUCCAGUGCAGUAAAGCUACAAGAUAAUAACAUCCAGUGCAGUAAAGCUACAUGAUAACAUCUAGUGGAGUAAAGCUACAUGAUAACAUCUAGUGGAGUAAAGCUACAAGAUAAUAACAUCUAGUGGAGUAAAGCUACAAGUUAAUAACAUAUAGUGGAGUAAAGCUACAAGAUAAUAACAUCUAGUGGAGUAAAGCUACAAGAUAAUAACAUCUAGUGGAGUAAAGCUACAAGUUAAUAACAUCUAGUGGAGUAAAGCAACAAGAUAAUAACAUCUAGUGGAUUAAAGCUAAAAGAUAAUCACAUAUAGUGGAGUAAAGCUACAUGAUAACAUCCAUGAUGCUAGCUGGACUCUUAUUAUCACUAUGGACAAAAACUGUAACCAUGGAAAUAUAUUAUGAUUAUUAUACUGUAAAUGUAUUAGCUAUCGUGUUAGUGAAACCCUACAAUGUAUUGGCUAGUGUGUUAGUGGAACACUACAAUGUAUUGGCUAGCGCGUGUGUUGUAAUAGUGCAAUAGAGCAGUGUUCAGUUAGGAUUCAGUUAGGAUUCAGUUAGGAAUUCAGUUAGGAUUCAGUUAGGAUUCAGUUAGGAAUUCAGUUAGAAUUCAGUUAGGAUUCAG